AAAAGACAAAUGUUAUGUUAACAGCUACUAAAGACUACAUUUAUCUGGUUUAAAUUUGAAGGCAUUUGAUAUCAACUGUACAUAUGUAGUACACUAAACGGAUUAAUUUAAGAAAUCUUUCGCGGAAGUAAAUUUGAAAAAAAAAAGUUUUUUAUCUAAUUUUCUUCUUUUUCGACAAGGAUUUGAAUUUAUAAUCAAACAAAACAUCAGGAAGUGUUUCAUUGUUAUGCAUUUUAUUAAGCAAUGACUGACCCCUUGGCAAUAUGGGCGUUAUACAGACGGAAAACAAUAAGGGAGUUAAGAAAGCUCGGUGAGGAAAUGAAAAAUCAUGCAAAGAACGCAAAAAUUGCGAGUGCUGUUGGCGGAGGAACAAGUGUUGCAGCUGGAAUUGGUGCAGCUAUUUGUUACUUCGUAGCACCAAUCACUUUAGGUGCAAGCGUUGUACCUGGGAUAGCUCUUACAGGAAUCGCAAUAGCCGGAGGUGUUACUUCCAUAGGCUCUUCAGUUACAAAUUAUUUCAUCGAGAAAGGAUAUUUGAGAAGUGUUCAAGAGGCUCUUGAUAAAGAUAGGGAAUCCUUUAAGUCACUAAAAAGGGCUAUCCAAAUUGCUAACGAAGAAACGGCGAGGGAAAAACUGGAGCGUGCUUUUAAAAUUAGCAAAAGCAUUCCAGGUGGUCUUAAUGUAGUGGCAUCUAUUGCUCGAAAACUUACAGUUUCCGAGAAAGCCGCAGCCAGCCUUUUAAAACUUGGACGGACAGCAAGAUUUGCAGGCCAUACAGUUGCAUUUAUUGCUUUGCCACUUGAUGUAAUCUUUUUUGUUAAAGACCUUGUUGAUUUGAAAAGGGGUAAUAUUUCCCAAGCCGCAGAUUCAGUCAUGAAAUUAGCGGAAAAAUUGCAAAAAGUACUUGAAGAAAUUCUAGCGAAUUCUUAAAUACAAAAAACUUCUUACUUUAAAAUAUUUUUUUGUAUUAGUAUUUUUUUUCUAGUUCUAAUGGUAUAUAUGUGUGUUCUAUUUUGUCAUUGAAAGAGAAGUUCAUAUCGUAUACUUCUUUUAUUAUUAAAAAACAAUUUUAUUAUUAUAUAUAUAUUCACUGUGGUAUUUACAUUUAUUUUCCUCGGGCAAUUGAUUUUAAAAAAAACUAUACAAGUACGUUUCGAACUCUUAUGCUUUGAAAUGUUUAUUUUUAGAAAAAACCUCUGAAGAUAAAUUAUUCCUUUUACAUUUUUUAGCCACUUUAUGUUUGUAGAAAAUUUUGAAUGCUGGUUAAAUAUUAGAUAGUUUAAUUUAUUUAUAUAUUUCAGGUUUAGAUAAAUAUCCUUAUUUAAUCAUGUAUCUUUACAGCUUAUCUCAAAAAGCAAAUUCACUUCAAGAAUACCAAAAACAAAAACAAAACAAAAGCAUCGAUCUUUGAUUGUUCAAUGCUUGUUUUCAUAAUAGUAAUAAAAUCAAUAUAAGUGGAUAAUAUAUUAAUAUUAUGUUAUUUCUCAGCAAACAACGUUAGAAAACACAGGUAGUUUUAUGACACCACUUGUUUCGGUUGGAAAUAUUUUCAUUCAUAAAUAUUUCAAUUUAUUUUGAAAACCAAUUUUGUUCUCCUAUAAAGAUCAGAAGCCAUUGUUAUCAUUAUUUUUUGUUACAGAGUGGAAUUCAUUUUGCUCCUCAAACAUUUAUCCAAGCUACCCUUUUCACUAGUUCAAAGGACCAUAAAGCCUUAACAUUGGUAAGAUAUUAAUUAUCAAAAAUAAUUUCAUUUUCUAUGCUCAGGCACAUUUUCAAAAACGUUAUUCGUUGUUUUCAUACAAGAGGUUGAUAGAAGGUCAGCUUGAAUGCAAUCAUGUCAUGAAUCAUUUAACUUGUAUUCGUUACCAAAAUAUUUCAUUAGAUGUAGAAAUAAAUGUAUAGACCAUUAAAACAUUUUCUACAAUUUUACUAUCAAUUGUGUUUUUUUUCUCUACACGAUGUGUGUUUAUGUAUUUCAAUUUCAUGAAAGUACUAAACAAUAACAGGUUUUCAUUUUGACAUACACGAAUUCUUAUAUAUCUAUUAAUUAAAGACUUCUUAGGCGGGAGUAGAACUUGAAACUUGAGAAUUUGUAAAUAAACUGUUUUAAUAUGUUGCAACCAUGAGUUGCAAAAUGAAUUACAAUGUGAGCUUGGAGACUUUUAAGUCAAUAGGACCAGUUAUAAAUAUUAUGUAUAUAGUUUUGUUAUUGUUGUAAAAACACAUUAUUAUUAUAUAAUAAUAAGGUAAGAAGGUAGAUAUUACAUUUCCCAAGUCUCUUAAAAAUAUCUAUUAAUUUGAAGAGAUGAGAUAUGUUAUAUAUUGCCCGGAUAGCUAGAAAAAUAAACACAUUAUAUUUUUAAUUCGUUUACUGUUUUAUAUCAUAUACCGCCAAACGAAUAAUGCAAACAUGGUGAUCAAAUAUGUUCGCUGAAAAGAAACUUAGUACAAAUUAUCAGCCUUAAUGGUGGUUUGUUAAUUUCCUCUCCGUUAUCUGUCGCAACAAAAGAGGUAUCCAUUAUUUGUUUAUUUUCAAUAUGGCCUGUUUUCACAAUUAAUUCACUCAGUCGUCAUAUGCUUCAAACCCAAAAAAAGUGUUUAAGGUUUAACUGUUUAACUUGUCAUGAUAGAACAUUAGGCUGAUUAUAGAACAUUGGCGGCUGCUUUUAUGUACCAAUACUGUUAUUGGACAGGCUCUCUUAAACAUUUCAGAAUUCCAUGAACAUCAAUCAUGAACGUAUCUGACCAUAAUUUUAAUUUGUUUAUUAGACUUUUCAAUCCGUGUCAUAAGAUGUUUUAAGGCCAAACAAAUAUUUCAUGGAUCAUAUUCAAUUGGUUAUUUUAAUAAUGUUGGUAAUGUUUUUUUUUUUCAACGGAAUUUCUAAAUUUUUCAUAGUGACCAAUUUGAAAGCUUUGUUUUCGGCAAAAGAAAUGUGUUCAGAAUAUGAAUUAGACGACGAGAAAGAUGUGAGGUAUAAGAUAAAAGCAUGUAAAGGUCAAAUGAUUGUUAAAUUUAAAAAAAAGACAUUGACAUUAGAAUUUCCCAGAGUGCAACGGAAACACAAUCAUUUUAAUUAAUAUUUUAUUUAAUCAUCGUAUAAGAAAAAAAAUAAAGUGUUUUAUACUCGGGGGAUCCUUCAUUUUUUAUAUUGUAACUGAUGCUUUAAUCUCAAUCUUUCAAUUGACAUUUAUUUAUUA